UUUUUUUUUCCAAAAAGAAAAGAAAAUGACCAACCAGCAAGCAAUCCAGAGGAAGCAUCAUACUGAGCACCUACUAAGUUCUGAGGAGGCUACAGGUGCAGGCAGGUGCCACGGGGCCUUGGUAUCACCCAUGCUCAGAAAGGAGGAAGAAGUGAGCCGGGGAAAGCUGGUACUUUCCCCAAGUCUGCUGUCUUCCUCAGGACUCUCCCUGGUCCAGAUCUGUGUGCACCUCCCACCCUGGGUCCGUCCUCAUCCCACAACUGGGAGUGGGCAGAGAGGGGCUGUCGGGGUGCCCCCACCCUCCUCCCUCUGUGGUUCCGCCAUCCAUCAGAUCUUCCUUCCUCCUGCACCGGCCUCCACUGUGGUAUGUGGUUGGGGGCCAGGGCGGGGUGUGGGGGGGGGUUCUUUCCAUCACACAGGCCACCUCUCUGUUUCCCAAAGAUAACCCCGAGUGUGUGGGUGUCUGCUUGCUGGUCGUGUUAUCUAAGAUCAACACUGCAGCUCCUGCCUCUGCAGACCUCCAGGCUCCACAGUAAGCAGAGAAAGGAGUCCAAGAAGCCACCAGCCAAACUGCAGCCCCGAGGGCUCGAGGCCUGGCUCCGCCCAGAAGAUGGAACUCCGGCAGAAGGGGCAGAGGAUGAGCUGGAAAUUCGGUUUGACACCCCCUUUGAUGUUGGAAUCAAGCUGUCAGGGGCUCAGGACCGUCGGCAUGGCCAGGCCCUGGGGAAGUUUCUUCAGGACAUGUUUUGGGAAGAGGCCGAUGGUAAGUCCUUGCCCGAGUCAAGUCCAUUCAGAGUCCCCCGAGAGUGCCAAAUGUGA